AUGUUUUUAGGUAGUCCUUCCACUGCAGUGAGUUUGAGAUCAACAGCUGUAAUGGAUCCGUUCUCGCCAGAUUUUGACCCAUGUAGUGUUUUGCAACGCUCACCAGAAGGAGGUGAUCGAAGCACCUAUGGCAGCUUGGAAGAUUUCGAAACGACAUUUGCUUCUGAACAACCAGAGAUUGCUAGGCUAAUCUGUGAAAAUGAUAGGUCGGCUAACACGAAGAGCAAAAAACAAGAAAAACGUGAACGAGUGGCACGAUUGGAAGGUAUGACAUUGAAAGGACGUCAGUUAUUUGAGAAAAAUGUGCGGGCUCAAGAUGGGUUAAUUGACUUAGAAGCACUACACGGUCAGUGGUCAGCUGGCCCUAUGUCUCUGCUUUUUCGUGCUUUGAAACGAAAUCUACGAGUGGAGGUAUACAUCCGAGCUUUGAAUCGUGUCGAUCAUAUUGCUUGCGGAUAUCUGAUAGCGUUUGAUCGCCAUGUAAAUCUCGUUCUUCGUGAUGUGGAUGAAGUUGCUUUACCUGGACGUAAAGAAGAACGGACAUUUGGUCGUCGUAAAUUUCAAGAACACUACAUCCUGCUUGGUAUGCGAUGGCGCACUGGUGGCACAUGGCCGCAUCCAUCAGGUGUAUGUCGAACUGUUUUGCAACGGCACAUCCCGUGUUCAAUGAUCAAGGGUGAUACUGUUGUGCUUGUACGGUUACUUACAUGAUAUCAAACUUUGUCUAAUUUUCUUCUACUCUUUAAUGUUUUGUUUUAUUUAUGCAAGAAUUGUUAUCGAAUGAAUGAUGAAUGUGACUUCU